AUGAGGGAGCUGAUUGAAAAGGAAAUGGAGUUGGAAGAAAUGUUUCAAGAGUUAACCUUGCUUAAAAUUGUAGAGGACGAAGAUGUUAUUGACUCGGACUUUGACCAAAAUAGUAGUGGACCGGAUGAAAACGAAGAUGCUGCUGAAAAACAAAUAUUGCUUGAAGAAAAACAGGCCAAAAAAAAGUUGAAAAAAUCCAAUUUACCUGCUGCGGGUCCCGCUCUACGUUUAAGAAAAAGAGAAGUAAACAAAUCAGUAGUUUCUUCAAAAGAACAUUCGAAUCAGAAUAAUGAAGGAGAUCCAGCGAGCAAUAGAGGUUGUAAUUUAAAUUUGUUAAAUGAAGCACCACUUUUGCAUGGGAUUCGAUCGUCAUCACGUACGCAUACCGUACAGAGCAAACAGAUGCUUGCGGAAAAAUUGAAAGAAUAUGAAAAGAAAAGGGCAGCACAUCCUAAACGAGAAAAGGUAAUUACACAACCUAAAACUCAGGAAGAGCUACUUGCUCAAGCUAAGGAAACAGAGGAAAAAAAUUUGGCUUCACUUCGUGCUUUUGAGCUAAAGGAAGCAGAAAAGAAAAUGUCGGCAAAACAACAUAAAAAGAAUGUGAUAAUUGGACCUUUCAUAAGGGAAAUAUCAUUUGUUGAUUACAGUGAUAAGAGAGAAGCAAAAAGAUUGAAAUUAAUAACGGAGGUGCCUAAAAAGGGGAAAGGGAAAAACGCUUCAAAAGAAGUAGAACAAGAAAAAAAUGUGCAGAGUAGCAUUCAAGAACUUCAUUGUGAUGGGGCAGAAGGCAAAAUAGAGGAUAAGGUAGAUGCAGCGGAGGAUAAAAAGGAAGAUAUAGAAGCAAAAGAUGAUAUAAUAGAGGAUAAAAAAGAAGAUAAAAGAGAGGCAAGAAAUUUACUUAUAUUUUCACAGUUUUCAAAAUCGGAUGAAAUUAAAUUAUUUCAGGAAUGGAGGAAAAAACCACAAAGAGCGAAAAAAGUAAUAUGCCCUUUCACUGGCCUUACAGCGAAGUAUAAGGAUCCAAAAACUGGUAUACCGUAUGCCAAUAGGGAGGCAUAUUCUAAAAUACAAAAUCUGUUGCAACAUAAAUAUUUAUGGUCAGAUUCGCAUUCGGCAUAUGUAUAUAAUACUGUCCAAAGACCGGCAAAAGGAGUGCCUCCAGGAUUCCAGCGACACUUUACAGAAUGA